UGGCAUAUCUACAAUACUGGCGGCUUGUUAUCAUUGGAUACCGAUACCGAAUAUUAAGAAAACAGAAACAAGCCAGCAUGUCAGAUUCGUCGAGUGAAGAUGCUGAACAUUCCUCGGAAGAAGAGAAUGACGAAGAAGAAGACGAUUCAAGCGGCGAGAGUGACUCAGAAGAACAAAGUGGCGAUGAGAAAGGAAGUGAAGAGGAAAGCAGCGAUGGAGAUUCUGACGAAGAUUCGGAAGAAGAUCAAAGCACGAAGAGUGACAAAGACACGGACUCUGAUGAUGGGUCAGAGAGUGAGGAUUCUGAAUCUGAGGAGGACAAAAAAUCGUCGUCCCAGGGGAUCAAGAUUACAGAGGAUAAUAGACAAGGUAAAGUGAUAAUAGAGCAAAAUAAACAUAUCGAUAUAGAAUCAAAAGAGACACAAACUGAACCGGAAGUAACUAGGCCGGAAGUAACUUCAGCGGAAUCACAGACUGAGGAGGUCGCAGGACCUCUAUCAGAUUAUAGAGAUGAAAAGAGACGAGAAUAUAAGGAUGAAAGCUGUGAAACCGAAAAACCCACAAUAAACGACAGAGAGGCUCAGACUGACGAAGAACAUCAAAUAUCAAAAGACACAUUAGAAGAAAAAGACGACUCAUUAUUAGGUAGAGAGAACAUACAACAAAGCAGGUCAAUUCCACUGGUGUCUUCUUCAAGACCUGAACUGAAGGACACUGGGGUGAUAACUGAUGUACAAAUAGAUGUAGAAGAAGAAGAGGGUCGUAUCCUCUCUCCAAAGCCUGAUCAAAGGGAUGCAACAACUCGUACAGAAGAAAUAUCCACCAGUCACAAAGAAAUGCAAACAGUUGAAAUUACAUUGGUAUCACGAGAAUAUACUCAGGUAGGAAGUACUGAAACAACUGGAGUAAGAGUGCCUUUGAAAAUAAAUGAAGAUGUUUUGCUUACAAUGUCAGAAGAGAAAGGGAAAUUAGAUCAAGAGGUGCAGGCUGACAUUUCGUUGAAGUCACGUAGAGUAGGAACACAGACAAAAUUGAAGCAUUAUCAUGUCCAAACUCUUACCAGUGGACUGAUCAAACGAGUAAACAUGCAAACAUACACCUCCGGACUUAUAUCUAAAUCAGAGAAAAGUGCUUCUACCGUGAACGUCAAAAUGAAAAACAGAAAGACGCAAACAAAAGAAAAGGACAUUUUAGAGACAAAUAAUGGCAAAUCUGGAGAGGAAGCUGAAAUAUUAAAUCAGAAUUCAAGAAAAAACAGGGUCUCAAGAUCGCGUGAAGUAUCUGCGUCAAAGGAAUCUAAAACUGCCGCCCAACAUACUGGUGCUGGAGAUAGCAAGCCCGUUACUGUAAAUACAGAAGAACAGACUGAAGGAGUGAAUAAAAGUCGAGAAAGUAAUAUAUUAGAAACUGUUUUGGAUUUAGAGGGUAAACCUGAUAUAAAAAAGAAAAAGGACAAGGAAAACCUCCACAAGCGCAAACGAAGGAAAAGGGAAGUCUAUUUCUGGCCGAUACGUCAUCCGUCAGCAGACUCGAGACCAAAAUCUCCCAAACAGAAGCAACCUCGAGCACGUCCAAAAUCAUCAGCACCUCCUAAAAGUAAAAGUGCAGAGCGUGUAGAUAAUCGGCCGCUGUCCGCAGCACAAUACAGAAUGUUAUAUCAUCACCGCUGGGCAGAACUUCCUUUCUAAUUGUCUAAAUCAAACGGCAAUAAAAUGCAGAAGAAGGUUUCUGCUAUUGAUAUUAUCAAACCACAGUGCAUUUACAAAACUUAGACUUGAAUUCUAUUAUUUAUUUCAUCAUUUUAAAUUUGUAAUAUUACUCUGAUCAAAUGAUGGGAGAACUUCACGCCAAUUUUUCUAAUUAUGGUUGCUUGCAAUUGACUAGAAAUAUUCAACUGUUAUAAAGUCAAUACGCUAA